AUGCUCUCCACUCCCUCCCUCACCGCCCUCCGCACCACCCACCGCGCCGCCCUCGUCGCCCGCCCGCUCGCCGCACCUCGACCUCUCGCUCGCCUCAUCUCGGCAACCGCUCCUCGCCGUGCAGACGGCCUCUCGAACGGCGAGAAGCUCCUCAAGGACCGCCUCGAACAAGCUCUCGACGGCGCAAAAGUACAGGUGCAGGACGUGUCGGGCGGCUGUGGCUCGUUCUACGCCAUCUCGGUCGAGCACUCGUCGUUCAAGGGCCUGUCGAUGAUCAAGCAGCACCGCGUCGUAAACGACCUCCUCAAGGACGAGAUCAAGGGCAUGCACGGCCUCCAGCUCAAGACCAAGGCCCCCUGA